AUGGGAAAAAUUAUUAUCGAUAAUAUUGAUAUUACACUAUUAAAUCUAGAGGAUUUAAGAUCUCGUUUAACAAUUAUACCGCAAGAACCGGUAUUGUUUUCGGGAACAGUUCGCACAAAUUUGGAUCCCUUUAACAAGUUCUCCGACGAUGACUUGUGGACAGUAUUAGACAAAUGUAAUCUCAAAGAGUUUAUUAAAUCACAAGAAUUAGGUCUCAAUUAUAUUAUAUGUGAAGGCGGUGGUAAUCUGAGUGUGGGUCAGCGACAACUGGUAUGUUUGUGUCGGGCAUUACUACGACACACGAAUAUCCUUAUCCUAGAUGAGGCCACGGCUGCCGUCGAUGUGGAGACCGAUUCACUCAUACAACAAACCAUAAGAAAUGAGUUCCCAAUGUGUACUAUACUGACAAUUGCCCACCGAAUCAAUACGAUUAUGGAUUCGGAUCGUGUUUUAGUGCUUAACGAGGGAACGGUAGCUGAGUUUGACUCACCCGACGUUUUGCUUAGUAAUCAAAACUCUAUAUUUUAUUCACUGGCCUCUGAAGCGGGAAUAGUUUGA